GGGUGGGCGGUCUGGGGAGGGAGGGAGUGAGGUGCAGGCGCCAGCCGUGGGACUGCCAGAGACUGAAAAUUGCAGGACAGGGAGAGUCUUUCCUGGGAGACCGAAGACCUGAGUUCUGGUCCCGGUUUUGCUUUGGACUCCCUGAGUGCCCGGAAGCUGAUUGCUUAAAGCAGAGAGCAAGUUUCCUUCCCGAGUGCCCUUCAGCCUCUGGUUGACUGAGGAGUCUGACGAAUUGAGACCCCUGUUGACCUCAGCCCGGCCGCGGGCCGCCCCCCGUGACCGGUAGCGGUGGCCGCGACCACCCCCUCCCGUCCCCCGAGACGUUGGCUCUAGCUGGGUCCCACCCUGAAUAGGGGACAGCUUGCUGCUCGGGAACGAGGUUUCGUGGAAGGAUCAGGCAAUGACUGUCACACCUAUAUAGUAACUGUCCCCGUUGAAGCCUUCAGCAGAGCUCCAGGGUGUGUAAAGCGGGUCAUGCUUCUGCAGUACUUGGUUCACUUCUCACACAGAAAUAGAAGAACCUUCCUGAGAUUGCUGUCACCGUACCUGCUCGCCAAGAGCUGAGACUUCAGAGUCAUCAGGGACUUCCUUGAGUACGCAUAGGAGCCUGCUACACCCUGGUGAUAGCACACAGGGACUGUUUUCUUGCUCCUGGUAUGAAUGGCUGCCAAGGAGGAAGGCGAAGAUAGAGCAAUUGGAUCCUCAGCUCUGCUCAUAGCUUCAGAUCUCAGACCUUAUUAAACUCCAUUCUGAGCUCAGGACAAAGCUCACUUGAACAAAUGACUUUGAGUCAUGAGUGAAAAAUCUUGCUCUUUGCAUAAUGAGAAAGAAUUAAGAGAUGGACAGGUGGAAGGAGUGUCUGCUGGGAGCUCUCCAUCACAUGACAAGAACAUCAGUGCUCUUGCGGCCUUCAGAGGAAUCCCUAUCUCAGAGCUGAAGAAACGCACCAUUCUCCGGACCCUGACCGUAGAAGUGAAUGGAUGGGAGCCAAGUGCUGUCAGCCCAGAGGUGCUCAGAGCCCAAGAGGAAUGGGAAGCUGUGGACACCAUCCAGCCGGACACAGGGAGCCAGGCCAGCUUAGACCAGCCGGGGAAGUUCAUCUCCUUCGCAGAGGUCCUGCAGCAUUUCCAGACUCAGGACCUCUCCUCCUUCAAGAAAAGAAUCCAGCCAACCGUUCGAAGGACUGGGCUCGCCGCCCUCCGGCACUGCCUCUUCGGGCCGCCAAAGCUCCACCAGGGCCUUCAGGAAGAGAGAGACUUGGUCCUGACCAUUGCUCAGUGUGGCCUGGAUAGCCAAGACCCAGUGCACGGCCGAGUCCUCCAGACCAUCUACAGGAAGCUGACUGGCUCCAGGUUUGACUGCGCCCUCCACGGAGACCACUGGGAGGACCUGGGCUUCCAGGGAGCAAACCCAGCCACGGACCUGAGAGGGGCGGGCUUCCUCGCCCUCCUGCACCUGCUGUACCUGCUGAUGGACUCAAGGACCUUGUUCAUGGCCCAGGAAAUUUUCCACCUGUCUCGUCACCAUAUCCAGCAAUUCCCCUUCUGCCUGAUGUCCGUGAACAUCACGCGCAUGGCCAUCCAGGCCUUGAGGGAGGAGUGUCUCUCCAGGGAGUGUAACCGGCAGCGGAAGGUCAUCCCCGUGGUGAACAGCUUCUACGCUGCCACGUUCCUGCGCCUGGCGCACAUCUGGAGGACCCAGCAGAAGACCAUCUCUGACGCAGGCUUCGUCCUCAAAGACCUGGAGGCGUGGGCCAAGAAGAACCCCCGGCGGUUGCUGAAGACCCUGGAGGUGUACCUGGCCCAGGUGUCAGAGGGACAGGCCUCCUUGCUGAGGCCACAGCAGUGCCCCCGGCCAGAAGGCCCCCACGCCAAGGACCUGGCCUUCACGGGCCUGUGUGACCUGCAGCCUCACCCAUCCGAAGACUGGGGGCUCCCCUGAGCGACCCCAUGGGCCGCGGACAGGACCUUCGGUUGGGCCACAGGGGCUUUGGGGGGGCACAUGCCAGACCAUGCCCCACGCGGCCUGGCGGGCGGCCACUCCCUGCCUCAGCCGCAGCGGUGAGGGCGCCCGGGCCGCCUGGAAAAGCAGCCCUCCACGCGGGCUGCGCUAGAGCAGAGCUCGGCCUGCGGCUUAGUGACCAGCAGGGCCCGGGGCUCGCAGAGGGAGUGGACGGGCUGUGAUGCGCCGCCCUAUCUGGACACUCAGACAGUCCACACGGAGGAGAUUCCCUAGUGGGAGGCCCGGACCCCAACUCCCUGGUAAACUCAGGCUUCAGUUGGAAUUUGAAGAGGGAAGUGGUAAGGAUGGCCGCAGCCAGCAGGGGGCAGCACUGCCCGGGGGAGCCGCCGGCCCUUCCCGCAGACGCGGCCUCCUCCCCUAGUCCCUUCCUCCAGGUUUAGGGUGCGUCCCUGCCGGCCGCCCACAGCUGCGGCUCCGCCUGUGGAGGCUGCCGGGUCCCUGAGGACGUUUUCUGGCCUGGCUGAGGGAAGGGGGCGUUCGCUGCACCGCAGCCGUUUUAGAAUAAAGGAGCUGCUGCAGCGUGA